AUGAAGGACCUCGGAGAGGCUGCCUAUAUUCUGAGAAUAAGGAUAGUGAGAAACAGGAAUAAGAGACUGAUAGGACUUAGUCAGAAUACUUACUUGGAUAAAGUACUAAAGCGUUUUAGUAUGGAUAAUUCUAAGAAAGGGGAUUUACCAAUCCAAAGCAACGCCAAAUUGAGUAAGACUCAGAGCCCGAGUACAGAGACCGAAAUAGUAGAGAUGAGUCGAAUACCUUACGCUUCCGCAGUUGGCUCAAUCAUGUAUGCUAUGACUUGUACUCGCCCUGAUGUGGCCUUCGCUUUGAGCAUGGUCAGCAGAUAUCAAGGGAACCCUGGCAGAGCACAUUGGACCGUAGUCAAGAAUAUUUUUAAGUACCUUCGGAGGACCAAGGAGUGGUUUCUAGUCCUCGGUGGGAGUGAUGACUUAAGGGUGCGAGGGUAUAGUGACGCCAGUUUUCAGACAGACCGAGAUAAUUAUCGAUCUCAGUCAGGCUGGGUCUUUACCCUAAAUGGAGGAGCAGUGACUUGGAAAAGUUCCAAGCAGGAGACCGUAGCUGAUUCAAUGUGUGAAUCAGAGUAUAUAGUGGCGAGCGAAGCGUCAAAGGAGGCGAUAUGGUUGAAGAACUUCAUUGGAGACCUUGGAGUUGUGCCAGCCAUAAAGGAGCCUAUGGAGAUAUUCUGCGAUAAGGAAGGAGCGGUUGCCUUGACCAAGGAACCGAGGGAUCAUGGCAGAUCUUGA